AUACUCAAACAUGUAUAUAAACACACAAUUUCUCUACCAAAUUGUCUAACAAAGCAAAACAACUAAAACCCCUUGACAUAAAGAAAACUAUGAUGUCGAAGAAGAAAGAAACCCUGGGACGACAGAAAAUUCCGAUGGUUAGGAUUAAGAAAGAGACCCACCGGCAGGUCACAUUCUCAAAACGUAGAGCCGGUCUAUUCAAGAAAGCUAGCGAGCUUUGCACAUUGUGCGGCGCAGAGGUUGGGAUCAUCGUGUAUUCUCCAGCCAAAAAGCCUUUCUCUUUCGGCCAUCCCAGCGUCGAAUCCGUAUUGGACCGUUAUUUGUCCCGCAACAAUUUGUCCAUAACGCAGACGGAGAAACCGCAGGGAAACGCUGCAGCGAGCAGCGGCGUGCUGAACGUGGAGCUGACGCAGAUCGUGAGCCAGUUAGAGGAAGAGAAGAAGAAGGGUCAAGCGAUGGCGGACAUGAGAAAAGCGAAUGCGGUGAGGUGGUCGAUGACGAAUUGGUGGGAAAGGCCAGUGGAGGAGAUGAAUAUGGUUCAGUUACGGGAAAUGAAAUCUGCGUUAGAGGAGUUGUGGAAGAUUGUUGUGUCAGAGACAAGUAUGGCUCGCCAGCUCGGUUUAAGGAUGUGAUAGAGGAUGUGUUACGGCUCCCUCUCCUUCUUACAUGAAUAAUGCCCUUCGGUUUUUCUAAUGUUUACAAUGGUUGUUUCUGAUUAACACAUAUUAUAAGCUAAUAUCUUCCUACCUGGCUUUUUUUAAUUAUCUCAGAUUAUUUUUGUUUCUUUGGCAACAUGGAAAAAUAUUAAUGUUAUCCGGUUAAGUUACUUUAAUGAAUUGAUUAUAUACUAUAACCGACAAUAUAGC